UAAUGUUGCAGGGCAACUGACUAAAAUAUUCGCGGUGAAUUUGAGUGCCGAAAUUUUAGACGGAACGCUUCAUGUCAUUCUCGACCAACUCGUCCAUUUGACUGACUCAUUUCCUUCAUCAAGUUCAUGUUUUGGUGAAGCCUUUCAUUUCAACUUAGUAAGUAGGGCGUGACCAGCCACCAGUCAACAUGCGUCUGUCCUGCGAUGUUGAUCUCAAGAACCGUCUGCUGCCCUCGCAUGGUAUGGCAGGCAAGAGUCGACCGAUGAGAUGCUCGUUGGCGAUUGGUCGUCGCGGGAGCAGUGACAGCAACCCAGAGGGCGCUGUUUUCCUUAUGGUGUGCUCAGCCAAAAACAAAACCGGAACAAAAUAUAAGUUAAAGGAAAACAUGGAGCAAGUCUUUGCCAGAUUCAUUGAGGAGGGGAAAGCAACGCUACGCCUCAAGGAACCAGCACAAGAUAUCUGCAUUAGCAAGGCGGAUCCCUUACAAUUAAAGAAUUUCCUGUCUGUGCUGAAACUCGGCUACAAAGGCCAAAGCAGCGACCUCAGUAAGGUUCACCUUUCAACUCUGACCCCGGCAACGACCGCCCAGGUGGAACGGCCCAAGACCAAGCUGGUGAUCUUGAGGAGAUCAGACUACCCAGUCUUGGAGAGAUUUCCAAAGGGUUUGGAAUCCCUGCGAGUAAACGGAUGCGGUCUGUCACGUGUGGACCCUCGGAUCUUAGAACUCAAGAGUUUAAGGGCUUUAGAUCUUAGUGGCAACCGAAUCCGCGCCUUGCCUAACGACCCUGGCCAACUGUCGGCUCUCGCUGAGCUGAAGGUAGCAAACAACCUCCUGGAGAGACUUCCUCCCUCUCUCUGCCUGAGCAGUCUCAGAACCUCGCUCCAGUUCCUUGACUUAGCAGGGAACUCUUUGAAGUUUUUUCCGCCGCAGAUCUGUGACCUGGCAUCCUUACUUCGCCUGAACGUGGCCAAUAAUCAGCUCACGUCCCUGCCGGAGCAUUUUGGGCAGCUGAGCCGACUCCGGUUCUUCAGCGCGGCGGAAAACCAGAUUGAAGUUCUCCCGUUCUCGUUCAUGGACCUAGCCAUGGAGGAGGUGGACUUCUCUGGGAAUUGCUUCAAGUGUGAGAUGGCGGAAGGUAGUGCCGCUGGCCUGCAAAGAACUCAGGAUGGCUUCCCUAGUCUGUUGGAAGUGGCUGCCCGGGCUAUCAAAAAGCAAAGAGUUUCCUACACAGAGGAAGACCUACCUCGCCAUCUGUAUCACCACCUGAGUCAGGUCAAGUGGUGCGUCUGCAGCGGUCCUUGCUUCCAGCCUUACGCCAAGCACCGUGUUCCCUUCAACCUUCACCGCGUGGCUCACACGCUGGUGGGCCCCACAGCAGCUCCCAUCCAGGGUUUCAUCUGUUCGGCCUUCUGCUUGUCCAACCUACAGGCCAACCCUAACGCUCCGUGGAAAUGCAGACGAAAGUGAGUCAAGAAGGAGCCUGUUGUUGAGACAUUGUUUCUCUGAUGAUUAACCCUAGCCAAGGUCUUUCAAGAUUUUUUUGAGAAUUUAAGAACAGCUCAGUCACUAUUAAGGCAAGUUCAUACUUCACACCAGUGCAAAUUCGAAGCGAAUUUGAUGUCAGGAAACGUUCGCUGCAAAAUUUUCCAAUUUGAGUUGAAAUGAGUUCAACUUUUGCAAAUUCUUGUUUGCGUCCGUUUUCACGCCAAGUAUGAACCACCUUUUACUUUACAUAGAACUUGAUGACCCUAUAAAGUUGAAGUAUGAAGAACCAUCAAAACUAUGUCAUUAGGUUCCUGCAUAGAGGAGGAUUUUGGAAGACUCAGAAUGGUUUAUAGAAGACAAAAAGGCAGAGGGAGUUAGGAUGUAACAGAGAAUCCGAAGUAUUCCUUAAGUCAGCUGAUUAAGAAUGCUGAAAAAUACAAUUAUAUAUUGCGAGUUUUUGCGACCCUUAAAACAAAACUUGGUUGUACAGGAAACAUUAGUUUAUGACUC